AUGAAAGGAAGGACACCGUAUAAUAGGAUUCGUCAGGUACCUGAGGUAGAGAUGCUAGCCCUUGCCCUCAACAUCCCCAUAUCUGAUGCAUUGGCUAAUUGGAAGAAAAGGGAGAAUCUCUUUGGUUUUUGGAGGGCUUACCUAGAAGAAGAAGCAGAAAGGUUGUUUGUGAUACAUCAUUGGGAUGCAUUGGCAAAUAUACUAGCUCUUCUCAUAUAUGGGCUAGUAUUGUUCCCAACCCAUGAAGGUUUUAUAGAUUCAGCUGCCACAAGUAUCUUUUGGGCCGUUUGGAAGGAUAAACAAAGUUUGGUUCCUCCACUACUAGCCGACACUUUUCAUACUUUGCAUACUCGACAUCAAAAGAAGAAUGGAAUGUUGAUAUGUUGCCUUCCAUUGCUCUAUAAUUGGCUUAUCUCAUAUGUGUUCAAGCCUGAUGCUCACAUCAGUGAAAUGUCCGAUGGGGAGUGGGCAAGAACUCUGGUGUCUUUGUCUAGUAAGGAUAUCAUUUGGUACCGACACAAGCUGAAUGUUGAAGAAAUCAUUAUCAGUUGUGGUAAUUUCCCAAAUGUGCCACUAAUAGGAUCUAAAGGUUGCAUCAGCUACAACCCCAUGUUAGCUUUGCGACAGUUUGGAUACCCUAUGCGUGGGAAGCCCGAUGAUAAAGAGUUAGAAGAGAUGGUUUUGAAUGAUAUGGGAACCAAUGAUCCUUUUCUCCUCUGUAAGAUCAUUCGAUCUUGGGAAAAGAUGCAUACCAAAGGAACAGAAUUAAUAAAGAAGAAUGAUGCAGCCAGGGUUCCUUAUCAGCAAUGGAUCUCGGAGAGGAUCAAAGUUGUGAAGCUCCAUUUUCCUAUAGAGAUUCCUAUAAAGUCUACUUCACCAGAACCAGUCCCUGUUUCUCUUGAAGAGGUGGAAGAACUUCGAGCCAUGGUAGCUAAACUUGGAAAGGAGAAAGAUGAUCUGUAA